AUGGAAUGGAAAGCCCCAAAGUCUCAGCACACCCUGACUAUGCGGCCACAGAACAAUGAUUUAAAAAGACAGUUUCUUAUGGAACGUUUAUUGGAUGCAGUAAAGCAGUGCCAAAUUAGAUUUGGAGGCCGCAAAGAAAUUGCUUCAGAUUCUGAUAGCCGAGUUAUUUGUUUGUGUGCUCAGUUUGAAAGUGUGCUUCAGCAUGGCUUGAAGAGAAGCAGAGGAUUAGCAUUAACAGCAGCAGCAAUCAAACAGGCAGCAGGAUUUGCAAGUAAAACAGAGACAGAUCCAGUGUUUUGGGUGUAUGUGAAAGAAAUACUUAACAAGCAUGAACUUCAGAGAUUCCACUCUUUGAAAAACAUCACCACUGACAUAGGAAGGGGCCGUGCUUGGCUGCGCUGUGCUUUGAAUGAACAUUCCCUUGAGCGUUACCUGCAUAUGCUGCUUGGAGAUCCAAACAGGCUUGGUGUAUUCUAUGAAGACUGGUCAUUUCUGCAGGAUGAGGAACGUUCAAGCAUUCUCCAUUCCAUGGCAGCAGAUAAAAUCUGUGCUGCAAAACGGGAAAAAUUUAAACAAGUAUGUCAGGACUACCAGGAUGGUAGAGUAUAUCCCUGCCUUACCGGGAAUACGUUCCAAAGACGACGCAGGGGUGGUACCUUUGAAGAACCGGAAGAAACGCACAAGAAGAGGCAGGAAGAAGAAGAAUCUCGGGACCAUCCAUCAAUACGAGACAACAACGACUCAAAAAUGUCCGAUAAUUAA